AUGGGGGAGCCCAGGAGGCAGCAGCGGGAGUGGCGACGGCAGCACCCCGCGCUAGACGAGGUGGCGAACCUCCUGAACAAGGCCAACCGCGAUCUCUGUGCUGUGCAGCACCACCUGGAGAAGGAGUUCCAGCAGACCUACCCCGAUCACGUACGCCCUCGGCCUCGUUCUUGAACUCCAUGCCUAGAGUCUUGUUGCGUCUGGGCGGUUGAGCUACUCUUCCCUUCUACCGAUUUUCUUUUUUCUUUCUCAGGCUAAUCCGUACAAAAUGGUGUGCCGGAUAAAGAAGAUCCAGGAAGACCUGGCCUCGCUCAAGGAGCUAUGUCGUGAGCUUUUAGCGGAGAAGCAGGUGUCUAAAAUAGUUUAUCCACUUCCUUCCACACUUGCUUUCCAACUCUUUCCGGCAACAAUAGAUCGCUGUGAUUCGCAUUCAUGACGCUCGCAGCAGGUAGUUUCUGUUUGACCCCGCAAGUAGAGAAACAGUGUGGCCUUGACUAGUUUGUUUAUAUACCUAUGUCUCAAUUGUGGCUAUAGAAGAGUCUUUUUCCCUGUUUUUAUGGUAAAGAAGUGCCGUAACUUAUGAAUUGAACUAGAAGCUGAUCACUCUGGGGCUUUUAAUUCCUUGAUAAUUACUUUAUGAUGGGCAAAUGAGCGUAACAGCCUGUUUACGCAGGAUUUCAUCGACAAGGCCAGAACGACACUGCUGGGACAGAAGAUUUCGCUUCAGCGUUUGCUGGCAUCUUCUGGUCUCCCCCUCAUAAGUGAUCAGGACGAUUUGGCGUACUCAAACUUAAAUCAGGUUGGAAUUAUUACUAUCUCAACGGCAUAAAAUUCUUGUUUUAAAUUUCAUAAUCCUUUGUACCGUGUGUAAGAUGUAUGGUUCAGGCAAUUCUUUGAUGAAAGACGAUUCUUCAGUUUAGAAAGAAGCACAGUUUUCUCCGAGACCACUGAUAAACUUCAAUAUUAUAUAAGUGGUAUGCUGUUGUUUUUAUCCAGCUUGAAUCCCGACAGUAUGGAACAAAUUGGAGGUCUUCUCUGUUCGUAUCCAGCCUUGGUAUUUACUUUCUCCGAGGUAUUAGCCACCGAUUGACCUUCUUAAUCACCCUAAGUCUCUCUCCACUAGGAAGGCCCUACGUUAGGCGGUAACCUUUCUCCAAGUACAUUGUGGCCUCUAGAUCUUGGACUCUUCAACGUAUGCGUUUAGUUUUUGUUUCUAUGCCUAUAAUAAGCUCCGAAAAAUGUAGAAGCAAUGCUAGAAAACAUUAAUAAAUGCGAUUGCACAUGAACUAUGUAUCAGCUUGAUAAUCAAUAAUGGGGAUCACCAUGGAUUCUCGAGUUUCCCGUGUGACCAUAACCCCAUGCGUACGUGAUUGGGCUGCCAAAAUCACGAUCUCUGAAAUGAUUCCCUGUAAUCCACCGCCAUGCAAGCAUCCUCCUCAAGAUAAUAAUUUCCUCUCUUCAUUUUCAUUUUUUUCAGUCUCACUUCGUUGAUCCUAUCUCAUUUAGCGGAGCUUCCCUUUUAUCUUUCGUAUCUGCAUUUUAUGUUGAACGAAAAAAAUUUAGGUUAUCAAAUCAAAACUUUUUGUGACAGAAUUGAGAUAUUUAAGGUCUAGAUUUAGUGGAAAACCGUAUGUUUGAGAUAGUGCAUACAGUGUCUAUAAAUAGUAAGAAGUUCAGGGAUUGUGCUUUGCAGAAUUUAUUUUCCUAGGAUUAGAGGAUGAAACACUCACUACAAUACAUUCCCUGAAGUAGCUUUCGAGUCCGGGCUGUGACAAUAAAAUAGGUUAUCAUCAACAAUAUGUUCGAUAAUGAUGUUAAUUAAAGCUAUCUUAGCUUGGUUGAGCUUUAGUUGUUGCUUUAAAUUCAAAGGGAUUACAUCGGGUAAAAAAAUCAUUCCCUGAAGUCCAUUGUUUCUUCCUAAAAUGAUAGAAAACUGUCCAACUUCUUUAGGAAUUUCUGUUUCGGCAUGUUUUCUGUGCUUCUAUUGGUUUCUUAUCUCUUUGAAUUAGGUACUUUGGUUGCAUAUAGCUUCCAAGUAAUAUGAAAAUCAUGUUGUGAGGAACCAACUCUACCGAAGUUUAGAAAUCUCGAUGACUGUCUCUCUUGAUUCCUGAGAGGUAUUCAUGGUAGUUGUAAUCCUCCUGGACUUUUGAGCUUGAUACUUACAUGGUUGUCAUUUCGAAAUCGUGCCUCAAGAUGGGCACUGUUUCCAGCAAGCAACCGAAAUCAAAGUUUGAAAAAAAAAAAUCAUGAUGGCAAGGCGUUCCUAGUUUUGUUGGCUUGAUGUCUGCAAGUCACCAUUGGGCCCUUCCUACAACUUACCUACAUAUCAUACAGUUUUCGUGUUAUCAAGCAUCAAUUGUCAAUUAGUUUUCUAAUGCUUGGUUACCAGAACCACCCCAAGAAACUCUUUUUUGAAGAUCCAACACAUUUGUGGUAAGAUAAAACAUGUAGGCAGCCAGUUUUCCUUAUGUUUUAUCAUGUCCAUCUUAAUUUGCAUAAUGGGAUAACUUUCUACACAACCAUUUUCGGCUGAGGCAACCUGACCUUGCCCUCGCAGAUCAUAGAUGAGUGGUCGGCACAGGUCAGCACGAAGGCAGGUAACGUAUUCUUCCGAACUGGUCAUUCCAUUUCCCAGGAAGAAAGAAUUGUCCCGAAAUUCCAACAUUUUUGCUGCUCAAACGCAGGGGAUGUUCAGGACCCUCUCUCUGAGGACAUAAACCAGAUGCUUUUCUCUUCGCUAGUCCAAGAUGGCUAA